AUGGAGAUAAAGAAGUCUCGAGACUCCAGCAAUGUUUCCAGGGAGGGUGAAGCUCCCACCGCUCACAAUUGUGCUGCUCUUCUCUUUCCAUUUUUUGAGAAGUGGAGGAAGCAAUAUGGUGAAGUGUUUGUGUUUGCACUUGGCAACACACAGAUAUUAUAUGCGAAUCAACCAGACGCAGUGAGGGAGAUUACAACAUGCACGUCCUUGGACUUGGGGAAGCCUACUUAUCAAUAUAAAGAGCGCGGCCCUUUACUUGGUCAAGGUAUUUUGACCUCAAAUGGCGCCUCAUGGGCCCACCAGCGUAAAAUCAUUGCUCCUGAACUAUACAUGGAGAAAGUUAAGGGAAUGAUCAACUUAAUUACAGAGUCAACAGCUACUCUGAUAAAUUCAUGGAACAGUAGGAUUGAGGCAGAGGGAGGAGUUGCCGACAUAAAAAUUGACAGCUACAUAAGAAGUUUCUCUGGUGAUGUAAUCUCAAGAGCUUGUUUUGGAAGCAACUACUCCAAGGGGGAAGAGAUAUUUCAGAAACUAAGAAAUCUCCAGGAGGCUAUGUCCAAGAAAAUCUUUUUGACUGGAGUUCCUGGAAUGAGUACUCCUACUCUCAACCACCUCAACAAGACGUUCAAUUUGUAG